AUCACGUCGCGAGGCCCGGCCCUCCGCGCAUACAUCUUCGCGCCCUUCCCGCGCUGAUUGGUUGACAGCGCCCGAGCCGCAGUGGCGCGCGGCUGCCCGCGGCCGUUGCCCGGGUGACGGGCUGUCGCCAUGGCCUGGCUAGAGGUGGUCUCCGAAAGCGGCGGGCGGCGGCACCGGGUCUCGCUGUGCUCGCUGACGGCGCUCGGGCUGCUGCUUCUGGGCGUGCUCACUUACGUGCCGCCGCUGCUGGUGGCCUACCGGAGCCACGGCUUCUGGCUGAAGCGGAGCAGCUACGCGGAGCAGCCGAGCGUCCGCUUCCGGCAUGAGGUGCUGCUGGUGGGGCUGAUGGAGGGCGGCGGCUUCGUGGGCUGGAGCUCCUUUCCCGCCUGCAACCGCUUGCUAGGCGACCGCCUGCGCGUCCCGCUCGUCUCGGCUAGAGAGGAAGACUCAAAUCAAGAUGGAAUGAUGGACCUGUUAAAUUUUCAUCUGGAGCUUCCACUUCAAGCUACAGAGCAAAUAGUUGGGAUCCAGCUCAUUUUGACAUUUACCUAUCAGUUGCAGAGAAUGUCUACAUUCGUGAUGCAGAGCAUGGCCUUUUGGCAGGCCUCUUCCCCUUUGCCAGGAUCAAAGGUAUUUGUGAGCGGAGACCUGAAGCUUCACCAGAGGCAGCCACUUAGUCAUACUGGGCUGGACAGCAGAUAUAAUGUAUCUGUGAUCAAUGGUACAAGCCCUUUUGCCCGGGACUAUGAUCUUCUGAACAUCGUUGCAUCAUAUCAGGAGAGGAAUGUCACAACAAUUUUGUCUGGUCCUGGCCCUAUCUGGGUGGUUGGAAGAGCGCCUGAUGCACCAUUUGUGGUCCAGACAACCAUUCACUACCCAGUGGAACUGAUCCUAUAUCAGCCAGGUUUCUGGGAGAUGAUUAAGUUUGCCUGGAUUCAGUAUGUUGCCAUCCUGCUGAUCUUUCUUUGGAUUUUUGAAAGAAUAAAAAUCUUCCUUUUCCAGAAUCAAGUGCUAACCACAGUACCAGUGACACCAGUUCCCCCUGGGUUGUUAUAUAAAGAGCACCAGUCCUGAACAUGCUCCUAAAAAUACCUAAAACUCCAACAGGAUGAAUAAAUAUCCCAUGCUUUCACUUUUUUCUUCAGCAGCUUUGGACAUUGAAAAUGAGGAGGCACCUGUGUGUUUGUGGUCAAGGCUUAUUGCAAGGGUGAAAAGAACUCUGUAUUUCAGUUCUCUCUGAGCCAAGUAUUUCCACUUGAGGUGCUAUGUGAGCAGCAUAUGGGGAACCUAAUUUGCUGCCUUGCAUUUGGUCUUCAGUUGUAUUUCAAACACUAUCAUAGCUGCCAAGUUUUCCCUUUUCUCGCGAGGAAGCCUAUUCAGCAUAAGGGAAUUUCCCUUAAAAAAAGGGAUAACUUGGCAGCUAUAACUAUAUGCACACACCCAGAGAGUGGCUGAAGGAGCUUCAGUUGAUAAUGAGAUACACUGUUUUAAGUAAAUUCAUUCUCUUUAAUACUUUUAUAAUGGAUUAUGUUUUGUUAUUUCUCCACUGAAUUUCAGGCUUGCAGGUUUGGUUAAUCCCCCGUUGUUGUAAUCCUACAUAGGGAUUUUAACAUAGAAACGAACAUAGCCGAAUGAAAAAGCAGCAAUAAAAUUGCAUUUCCAAGAAGGCAGCAUUAGCUGGUCUGUUCAGUCUGAGAGGAGAAGCCUGCCCAUCUCCCACAGCAGAGCAAGCAUGCCUGUUUUGUACAGUUUAGUUCAUUUAUUCUCACUCUCCAGCACGUUCCUAGGGUGGUUUACAAAAAAAGUUAAUGUUAAAACAAAUGUUAAAUAAACUGUUAAACACUACAAAUUAAAAGCAUUUAGCAGAAAUAAAAUAAAUGCAAAGCAGAAAAGUAAUUAACAGAAGAUUUUAAAAGCCUGGAUUUAGUUUUUUUGUUUAGUGUUUUUUUAUUUAUUUAACAAAACUGUCUUCAUUGGAUGUCAAAGUGACAUCCUGGAAGCUUGCACCUGGACAUAAAAUGGCGUAUCCUGGUGAGGUAUUUUCAGUUUCUUGUCCCUCAGAAGAUUCCUAUAGCUAAAUAGUGCAAAGGAGGCAACUGUGGAAAUUCUUAAAAAAUUGUUCCAGUAGGAACAACGGCAAGGGAAGCAUAAUAACUUUUAUUAGAAUCAAUUAAAAUGUUACAAAGUAGUGAGCAAGACUUGAGUUCUCCAGAAGUUUUCUGCAACAAAAUCAUUUGCCACUAGAAUGAAAAAAUAGAGGGGGAGCAGGCACUGUUUGCAGUUUGUAAAACAGCCUUAAAAUGUAAUUUAGACUCAAUUAGGCUAGAACUGUGCAUUACUGGAAUAAGGCAGUACCACUCCUUCAUUUAUCUUUUUUAUCUGAGCCAGUGUGGUGAAGUGAUUAGCAUGUUGGACUAAGUAAGACCUGGGAAACUGGAAUUUUCAUCCCAACUCAGCUAUGAAACCCACUAGGCAGCCAUUAUCUCAGUGCAACCUACCUCACAGUAAGUACUAUUGUGAGGAUAAACUGGGGAGAGGGAGAAUCAUGUGCAUCACCUUGAUGUCGCCGAAGGUGAGAUAUAAAUGUAAUCAAUAAAGACAAUACUUCAUUACAAGAUUCUGCAGGACCCCCACACUGGCUAUUGGGUGUCCGUCGAUAACAGUGAGUGAGACUGUUAAAAGCUCCAGGAGGCCUGCCAUAGAAGGGGUGUGUCUUUUUCAUACUGAAUUUUGUGCAGGUGUAGAUGUGUAAAACUAGACUGAGCUUCCCUUUAGGAAACUUUUACAGACAAAGUUUGAUUGCCUAGGCUAAGGUCUGUGUCGGCUUUCCCUUUCUCUCCAUUUGCAAAGUCAGUGGGUGAUGGCUACGGCUGUGAUAGUGGCAGCAGCAAUGGCCCACUAGCCUCUUUGCCUGCCUCCACUUGGCACCAAAGAACCUUCUGGAGCAGCAAACCAGGAGGAUUCCAUCUUAUGCCACCCCCCCACCCUGCAUCAAGUGCUGUAAAGUAUAAAUUUGAAAGCCCUCUCAGUCUGCAGCUGAGGAAGCCUCUGCUUGUGCUCCACCCUCUUUCCUGAAGGUUAAAGAUGAGCAAGAGGCAAAAAAGGCAGGUGGCAGGUGACAGGCAGGGUUUGCAGCGCGGGUGUUGCUCAGUAGUGCAGAACUUCAGAAGCAUCAAUAUUUUUCUUCCAGUGGGCUUUAUGUGCUUCCUCUGGCAAGAAGGGGCUGUUCUGUGGCUGAGUGAUCCUAAAGAGCACUGGUGGUUUGCUAGCUUCUCCUUUUCUUGCCUGGAAAAAGAAGGUGGUGGUUGUGGGAUAAACAGAACUGGCCUCUUACAGUCCCUUUCAACUACCCCAGACAAGCCCUGAGGAAAGAAACACUUCAGUGGCUUAACAAGCCCUUCUAAGGAAGAGGCAUCAGGAGCACUGGGCAGUGCGUGUAUGUGCGUAUGCACUCUGCCUAGACACCUGUUAUUGGAAAAAACAUCCCCUAGCUAGACAGUCCUUCCUUCUGAGCCAGAGGCAAGAGUUCUCAUCAGUCUUCCCUGCUGCAAUGUUGAGCAGUUCUGUGCUUAGUUUGUCAGCCAGCACUCCACCAUAGAGCGGCAUUGGGUCUUCCGUAAAACCAGCCAUCCAAGCCUAAGAGGCAGGUUCUGAUUGUGGCCAGUGGUGUUUUCUAGGAAUCAUAGGAAGCUGCUUUAUAUUGAGUCUGAUCCAUCUAGCUUGGUAUUAUCAACUGGAAUCUUUCCCAACCCCUAUCUUGGAGAGGCUGGGGACUGACGUUUUGCAUACAAAACCAUGUGCGAUGCCACAUCCUUUGACUGUGCUAUACCCUUUUGCCUUUAGUCCAUUUUGCUGUUAAUGUUUUAUGGCAGUUUAUGAGGAAAGUCAGUCUCUGCUCUUAUUGGUUGCAGCCAAAAGGCUGCUCAGGACUGCAUUAGAAUGUAGAAAAAAAUAAAAAAUACCGGCGUCCCCCCUCCCCCAAGUUGAAGGGCAUUG